AUGGUAGAGUGCGGUUUACAGGAGGAGGCACGUAGAGAUGUGUUGAAUGCGGUGCAGGGGAGUGGCAACAGGUGUGGUGUGGUGCAGGGGGAUGGGAUUGGGAUGACAGAGGAGCUGUUAACUCGGGGCAGUGUGGUGAAAGGGGUGGGUGGCGGGGCAGAGUUGAGAGCGCCGAAUUUGACGAGCCAGAUGGACGUGGGAGCUGCGCUGGGAUGGAGAGCGGUCCAGAGCGGUGUGCAGGGGAAUCAGGGAUCAGGGAUUUGUGCUGCUGACACGCUUGGGGUUGCUGAUGGGACUCUUGUGACAGGCACUCAGGCAAAGGAGAACAGCAGGGAGGCAGGAAAAGAGGAUGGGAGCGAGGCAGUAGAUGUUUCUUGGAGUGAUGAUAAGAACAAGGGUGAUGAAGCUGGAGAAGCUGUGAGUGAUGAUCGCAGAAGGAGCAGCAGGAGGAUAGAUGCAAAGCGCAAGGAUUUGGAACGUGGUGAGGGAGCUAAAAGUGCAGCAGUGGGUGCAGCCGGAACGGUGUAUGGGAGUUUGGAGCAUGCAGGGAGUUUGGAGCAUGCAGGGAGCGAUGCAGAUAGAGUGGCUGAUACGGUGCUGGGUGGCGGGACUCCCAAACGCAGGCGCACAGCAGUGCAUGUGUGCAGGCAGAAAGAGGCGAGGAUGCAAGAGCUAAUGGUGAAGCAAGGGGAUGAAGAUGAGUGUAAGGUUGUGGCUGAUGGGGAGAACGGGCAUGAGGGUAAGGGGGAUAAGGGGAGGGCAGAAUCAGGAGAGGGAGAGGGAGAGGGGCAGAUUGCGCGGGAGAAAGAGAAGAAUGUGGGAGUGGCGACAAGGAGCCAUGGGUUAGGGGUAAGGCGCAAGAGGGGGACGGAGGAGGAGGGGAAGGUGAUGGUGGUGCAAGAGGGUGAGCAAAAGGCAGAGACUGAACCGCAAGUGGCAGCCAGGCAGGGCUUGACUGUAAAGGAUGAACAAGAAGUGGACAAGCAGCACGGGACUGUAAAGGGCGAACGAGAAGCAGUCAAGCAGCAUGUGACUAUAAAGCUGGCUGAGACGAGCCGCGAGGGGCAGCGUGAGACAGACGAGUUGGUGGAGAAAAAUUGUGACUCAACUCAAAAGUCGGGUUGUGAGGGGCAGUGUAAGGCAGAAAGCGAGCUUGUGAAGAAAGGUGUUGAGUCAACUCAAAAGACGGGCUGUGAGGGGCAGCGUGGGGCAGACAGCGAGAACGAGACUGUGGAGAAAUGGCUCUCUUGUGACGAGUGUGGCAAGUGGAGGAAGGUUCCCGGAAGCUACACCUAUCCGGACAAUCAGUUGUGGUUCUGUGGGUUGAACCCUGACCCUGCCCGGCGGGUUUGCUCCGACCCAGAGGAAUCUGCCGGUGCUGACUCUGACAUUUCUUCGCUGCCCGGAUUCUGCCCGGUUGAGGCGGCUUUUGACGGCGGGCUGCCCGCAAAUGUGUCGCUAUUCGUGGAGAGGAUCAGGGGCGGGUUUCGGCGGGCGGAGUCGGAGUUGGAGUGGAGUGACGUGGAGCAAGGAUGCUGCUCUCACCUGCUGGCCUCCCUCGGGCUUGUGUGGCUGCCUGCGUCGCCCCACACACCUGGACACACAGCAAGGGGAGGACGAGCACGAGGGGGUGGAAAUGGAGGAGGAGGGAGGAGAGGCAAUGGCGGCAGCAGAGGAGGAGGAGGAAGAGGAGGAGGAGGAGGAGGAGGAGGAGGAGGAGGAGGAGGAGGAGGAGGAGGAGGAGGAGGAGGAGGAGGAGGAGGAGGAGGAGGAGGAGGAGGAGGAGGAGGAGGAGGAGGAGGAGGAGGAAAUGGGCCACGAGUAAGGGGAGGAGGAAGAGGAGGUGGAGGUGGGAGAGGAGGAGGAGGUAGCAAUGGUGCAGGUUCAGCAGUGACAGCAGCGAAUGCAUCUGGGCUGACAGGGCUGGAUGUGCUCUCGGGCUUUAAUGCGCUGUCUGGCGUGCAGGUGUUGACUGGCGGUCUUGGCGGUGUUGGUGUGGGCCGUGUGAGUGACAGCAUUGGAGGAAACUCGUCUCAUGUCUCUGGUGCUGUAAUGCCAAUGACAAGGGCAAGCGCUGCUGCUGCUGCUGCUGCUGCUGGCAGUCUUGGUGGUGUGGGUGUGGGCGGUGAGCAAGACAGAAUCGGGGGAAACUUGUUUCAUGUGUCUGAUGCUGUACCGAUUGCAAGCGCUGCUGUUGGGGAUCUGAUUCUUGAUGUUGAUGGCUCUGCUGCUGCUGGUGAUGGUGACGGAGUUGAAGGAGAAGGAGGAGGAGGAGCAGGCAGAGCAGGAGGAGCAGAAGGAGUGGCUGGAGCAGCGGGAGCGGCAGACACAGGAGGGAGAGGCAGGCGAGGCAGGCAAAGGGCCAAGCCCCACCAGUGUGCACGUGGCAGUGGUGGUGGAGGGUCGUGGGUGCUCCCCCCCUCCCUCUCGCCUCAACUUACCUUUGACUUUGCUUCCUUCCGCCAUGCUCUCGCAAUUGUUGACGGGCGGAACGGGCUGGGUUUAGGGUUUGGAGGGCAGGGAGGGUACGGAGAGCAGAGGGGGCAAGGUGGGGAGAAAGUGCAGAGAAAGCAGAAGGGGCAGGGAGGUGGGGUUAGGCGAAGAGGGGAUGUGGUUACCAACGGGACUGUUACAAAUAGCCCUAUUACCUGUGGUAGUAGCGAAACUACUGCUGCUGUUGCUGCCAGUAGUGCUGAUGUGGCACAUAGGGAUUACCAUUUUGUCUCGUCUGCCACAUUGAUUGUGGUCCCCACCACACUUGUCAGCCAUUGGCUAACCCAGAUCUCCCGCCACGUGGCGCCAGGGGCUCUGCGCGUGUGUGUGUACGACGGGGCCAAUCAGAAAGCGCCAGCUGUCCACAGCCUGGCGUGGGAUUAUGAUGUGGUGGUAACCACGUUCAGUCGGCUGAAGGAAGAGGAGGAGGAGGAGGAAGGGGAGGAAGAUGACAAAGGAGAGGAGGGCAAGAGGACAAGGGAACGUGCAGAACUAGAUAACAAAGUGAGGGAGGGAGAAAUGCAGAGGGUUGGAGGAGCUAUUUUGAAAGAGCGGAGCAAGAGGGGGGACAGAAGGAGGUGGGGUGGACAAGCAGAUGAGAGGAACACCAACCAACCGUUGAGUGGUCUGAAGGAACGCAGUUUCAGAUACAGACAAACAGAGCCAGUCGGAUGGUCGCCACGUGGAUGGCAGGACGGCGGGCGGCGACCUCAGCGGGCGGCGAGGAAGCGGGUCCGGCUGGGAGUGAAGGAGAGCCGUCGGAUCGCGUCGCCGCUGCUGCGCAUCCAUUGGCUGAGAGUGAUUCUGGACGAGGGGCACACGCUGGGUGCCAGCCUGGCAGCCACGAACAAGCUGCGCAUGGCUGUGGCAUUGAGAGCGGCAAGGAGGUGGAUUCUCACCGGCACACCCACCCCCAGCACCCCCACCAGCCAGGUGGCCCACCUUUUCCCGCUGCUCUCCUUCCUUCACGAGCCCAUAUACGGCCGGCAGCAGGGCGUGUGGGAGCGGGCAGUUCAGAAGCCAUUCGAGGCAGGCAGGCCCGAGGGGAGGCAGCGACUGGUGCAGGUGCUGACUCGGUGCAUGUUCCUGGGGCAGAAGACGGACGUGCAUUCCAUCCCGCGCUGCGACAGGAAGGUGAAGCUUCUGUCGUUCUCUCCUCAGCACGCAGCAUCCUACAACGAGUUUGUCGAGACCGUUCAGCGAAACCUGCUGCUCGCUGAUUGGAUGGACCCUUCCCACGAGGAGUCCCUCUUAAACCCCCGGAACUUAAAGCAGGCCAAGCAGACACUCAAUAACGUGCGCCUCUCCUGCUGCGUCGCCGGGCACAUGGAAAGUUACGACCUGCCCGGGGAUAUUGAUGAGACGAUGCAGCAGCUGGUGCAGGGCGGGCUGGAGCCUGGCUCGGGCAGGUUUGAGGAGAUUCGGGCAGCUUUGAAGGGAGGAUGCUGCUGUGAAAGGUGUGGCGAGUGGGUGCGUCUCCCUAUAGUGACCCCCUGCCCGCACCUGCUGUGCAUCACGUGUGUGGCAACCGACAAGCACGCGUGCGCCAUGCCGGGCUGUUCGAGGCGGUACCGCAUGCAGGAGCCCAAGGACAUGAAACGGCCGGAGAAUGCCAACCCAAAAUGGAGCGUUCCGCAGGAUCUGAUCGAGCUGCAACCGUCAUAUGAACAGACGACAGCCAGCACCAAGAUCCAGCACCUCCUCUCACUCUCGGUCUCCCCGUUUUCUCAUUGCCCUCACCCUUCCUCCCAUUCCUUGUGUGCAGAGGGAGUGGCAUCUGGAAUGGCAAACCACAGCCAGCACCAAGAGUCAGAGCAUGGAGAGGGGGCAGCAAAUGGCUGUGCUGCCCCAGCCCUGGGGGCAGAGUGCCCUGUGGCUGCUGGGGGGAUUGGAGGCGCGAGGGACGGGUAUGGCAGGGAGAAGGGGAGGUUCGGGGGGGAGAAGGCGAUAGUGUUCACGCAGUUUCUGGAGCACAUCGCACUGCUGGAGGCGCAGCUCACACUCGCCGGGGUGAACUUCGCUGGGCUGUACAGCCCGCGGCCCCAAUCCGUCAAGAUGCAGGAGCUGAUGCGCUUCCAGCACGACCCCGCGUGCCGUGUGCUUCUAAUGGAUGGCACGGGGUCCCUCGGUCUCGACCUCUCCUUUGUGUCACGCGUCUUCCUCAUGGAGCCCGUGUGGGACCCCAGCAACUACUCCACCCCAUCCGAUACCCUCCAUGCCACCCCACCACCCUCCCCUCGUUCCUUUCCCCAUCUCCUCUUCCCCCUCCCUUUCCCCCCUCCCCAUCCCCUGGCAGUGUGGAGGAGCAGAUGGUGUCACGGGCGCAUCGCAUGGGCGCCUCUCGGCCAAUCACGGUGGAGACACUGGCCAUGGCAGGCACGCUGGAAGAACAUAUGCUGCACAUACUGCAGGUACGCUGGUGAGGUAGACCCGGUGCAGGUAGAUCUGGUGCAGGUAGAUCUGGUGCAGGUAGAUCUGGUGCAGGUAGAUCUGGUGCAGGUAGAUAUGGCGCAGGCAAAGCAGAGGCAGGCUAGGGGGGAAAGAUCUGCGCUCUACCAUUUUCUCACUCUUCCCAUCCUCCCCUCCUCCCCUUGUUUCCCCUCUUCGGUGCAGCGCCUGCCUGACAGUGGAGCGCAGGCGAAGCAGAGGCAAGCAAGAGAGGCCAUGGCAGGCAACGCCAUUCUGCUGGCCCUUCUAACCCACCUGCCCUGCCCUCCUUCCCUUGCUUCCCCUUGCAUCCCCUCUUCGCUGCAGCACCUCCCCGACAGCGAGGCCCAGGCGAAGCAGAGGCAGGCAAGGGAGGCACGCCUGCCCGACAGUGGGGCACAGGCGAAGCAGAGGCAAGCAAGAGAGGCAGUGGCACGCAACGCCAUCCUGCUGGCGCUGAAACUCGUCCGCACCGCCGACUCAUCCCUGCCGCUCUCGCCCUCCACAUCAACCUCCCCCGCCAAACCCCUCUGUUUCUCUCAAGCCUUCUCACCCGCCAACCCUCACUCCUCCUCCCAAACCCUCUCCCCCACCAACCCCUUCUCCUCUGCCCACCCCCACGGUUCCCCUACCCCCCUGUCGUCCCGACAGUCCCUACCUCCCUCCAAUCUCUCACUCUCCCCUUCCUUCUCCCAGCCAGCAACUUCCCUACAGACUCCUGCCCCAGCCAGCCCUCUCACAACCCCUCUCCCCCCAAAUGCCCCAGAGAGGUCAACAGUCAAUAAGUGCAGCUUGCCUCUCGCCCAAGCCCCACCAGGGGAUGGCCAGCACAGGUCAACCUUUGUGGUAGGCGCAUGUGAGAGAGGUACAGGUGUUGCCAGAGAGGGCGUGUGUGAGGGAGGUAGACCCAGUGCCAGCAGUGAGGUUGCAAGGAACAGCAUAGUUCCCCUUCUUGUUGGGGAUGACACAGCAGGCAGUGCAGCAAGGGUAGCGGAGGCACGGGCAGGGGGUAUGGCAGGGGCGGUUGCUGCUCACAAUUCACAUUCUUCUGUUGUUUGCAGCAGAGGGGAAGGGGUUAGUGGUGCAUUUGCAGGGCAGGCAGGAGAGGAUUCUUCUGCAAUGGAGAAUGGAGGCACAUGUGAGGAAGGGCAAGAAGAGAAAGAGGGACAUCCAGAAAAGGAGGGACAUUUAGGAAAUGGAACGGAAAGGGAUGGUUGUGGAACAAAAGAAAGGGGAGGCGGUGCUGUCACGCAGCUCAAGGGGUCGACCGUUGAGACGGCAGCAGCGGAUGGAGUGGAAGGCAUGGCCACUCGGAGAAGACGCAUUGUGCGGUUUGCAGAUGAAGGCACGCAACCGGAGCUGCUGGCUAGGGUGCUGAGACCAGCAGCUGAGUGA